AUGGAGCCCUCGGAGCACCAAGAAGACACGCCGCCCGUGGACGUGGACGACGUCGAUGAGGACGAGGAGGAGGUGGAGAUCUUCUCGGCCGAAGCCGCCGCCUCCAUCUACUCGCCCGCGCCUUCCAGCGACAGGUCGUCGCUGCUGCCGACGGCCACGCGCCGCUGCGUGUCCAAGGACAUGCUCGAGCAGAUGCCGACGCUCAACAUCAACACUCGGUAUCACGAGGUUGCCGUGCCCAAACCGUUUGGGUGCUUCCACCUGAUGCAGCUCAUCGAAAAGUCCAUCCAGGUGGGGGCGCUCUUCUCGCCCAAGCUCUUCGUGCCCAAGGAGAUCUGGCAGCAAGAUCGGGUCAAGCUGGCGGGGGUCCCUCUCAAAGUUGAAGUGUUCCACCAGCUCAAGCAGGGCCUUGAGAAGACUAGUCAUGCACUGCCAUUGUCGUCGGAUACGGCCAAAGCGGCGUUCACGAAGGAGCUGGACGCGUUGCUGGAGUUUGCGAGACAGGAGCGCGUGCACUUGACCCGGUCGUUCCCGUUCCUGCCGCAGGACAAGAGCUCAGCUGCACCGCAGUUGACACGCAGAGGGAGUCACAGCAACACUGAGGAGGGCCAUGCAGAUGGCCAUUCGUCCGGAAUCGGCAAGUUGACGAAUCUAGCGUUCGGUUUUGGUCGAAUGGUCAAGAAGCAAGCUAUUGCUGCUGUGGAACGCGUUGGCGCUGCGCCGUCCGUGACAGUGCCAAUCGACGAGCUAGACGAGUAUGCGGCGGUGCUCUGCAUGUUCUUCAACUCCACGCGAGGAAUCGAGAAUCUCCUUGGACUGCGAGCAGAUGCUGAUGGGACUC